UUCUAAUGUCUCUUUUUAAUUCAAAUUGCGGAUUUAUUGUGACAGGGCAUGUCUGGCUACGACUUGAAAAGCCCUGAAGAGGUGAAAGAGUACCUUAAAAACCUUCACAUCGAGUAUAAAUUCGGAUGUCUCAGCGAGAAAAACCCGGAAACCUGUCACCUCCUCGGAGAUUACGAAGAGAGUAUAAGUAAGGACUAUGCAAAAUCGGCCAAAAUCUACCAGGAAAAUUGCGACGAGAGAAACUUCGGGCACAGUUGCCGAAAGUUUGGAGGUUAUGCACUAAUCGGCAAGGGAUUGGAUGUGGAGUCACCUACGGAGUCUUACAAGUACCUGAGAAAAGGAUGCGAUGUUGGAGAUAUGCUAUCCUGUGCUCAUGCAGGAAUUGUGGGAACAUCCUCGUUUAAAAUUGGAGAGAAAGAAGCUCCCAUAGAUUUCCCAACGGGACUUGAUUUACUUCAGAAAACUUGCUACGAGCACAAAUUGGAAAAAGCUUGCUACUACCUGUCAGGACUGUAUCUUAGCGGGGUUCCGGACCACGUGGAAAAGAACAUGAAGGAAGCUUACAAGGCUUCGUUGAUAUCCUGCGAGCUUGGAAAUGCAUACGCUUGUGCCAAUUUGUCACAAAUGCAUGCACGUGGCGACGGGGUUCAGAAAAAUUCUGAACUUGCCGAAGCCUUCAAGAAUCGAGCACUCUCGAUUCAAAGGGCCUUGAAAGAAGCUAAACAUAUACCAUUUCAGCAGGGUAUGGGAAGCUAAUGUGAUUGCCAGUACGUUUGAUGAAUUACUGAGACUUAUUUCGUUGAAGUUUAAAUGUACAUUUAUUAGUUUUCAAUUAUAGCAAUAAAUUAAUUAUUUUACGUUUAA